GCAGGUUCUCCUGGAGAAGUGCUGGGGGGCGGGAAGACGGGAGGUGGGCGGAUCUCCGCACACCCCAGCGGAAGAGGCAGAUUCAGGAAGCCAUUACGCAGCUGGCUGGCAGCGGCCGGGCCGGUCGAGGCUGGGCCCUACGCACUUUGCGUAGCGAGGGGGGUUACCAAAGGCCUGGUGCUUGGCCUUAAGCAAGCCCGGCCUAUCCCCUGUAAGGGGUGGGUGAGGGGUGAGGUUGAGGAAGAAGAGAAGGGGAAUUGGGGUGGUUGAGGGGAUUAUAAUUUCUUUCAAAAGAGGGGAGGGGAGAGGCCAUGGCCGUCCCAGCCAAGAAGAGGAAGAUGAACUUCUCCGAGCGGGAGGUGGAGAUCAUCGUGGAGGAGCUGGAGCUGAAGAAGCACCUGCUGGUGAACCAUUUCAAUGCGGGGGUCCCCUUGGCCGCCAAGAGCGCAGCCUGGCACGGCAUCCUGAGAAGGGUCAACGCCGUGGCUACCUGCCGCAGGGAGCUGCCUGAGGUCAAGAAGAAGUGGUCUGACCUCAAGACCGAGGUCCGUCGCAAGGUUGCCCAGGUCCGGGCCGCCGUGGAGGGUGGCGAGGCGCCGGGGCCCACUGAGGAGGAUGGAGCUGGUGGGCCUGGGACAGGCGGUAGCAGUGGCGGCAGUGGCCCAGCUGUAGCCCCUGUACUGCUGACCCCCAUGCAACAACGCAUCUGCAACCUGCUGGGGGAGGCCACCAUCAUCAGCCUGCCCAGUACCACAGAGAUCCACCCCGUGGCCCUCGGACCCACGGCCACUGCAGCCGCAGCCACGGUCACCCUGACACAGAUCCCCACCGAGACAGCCUAUCACACUCUGGAGGAGGGAGUGGUGGAGUACUGCACGGCCGAGGCCCCCCCGCCCCUGCCGGCAGAGGCCCCCGUGGAGAUGAUGGCCCAGCACACAGACGCAUCGGUCAAGCCGCAGGCACUCAAGAGUCGUAUUGCCCUCAACUCUGCCAAGCUGAUACAGGAGCAGCGGGUCACCAACCUACAUGUGAAGGAGAUUGCCCAGCACCUGGAGCAGCAGAACGACCUCCUGCAGAUGAUCCGCCGCUCCCAGGAGGUGCAGGCCUGUGCCCAGGAGCGCCAGGCCCAGGCCAUGGAGGGUACCCAGGCAGCCCUGAGCGUCCUCAUCCAAGUCCUCCGGCCCAUGAUCAAAGAUUUCCGCCGCUACCUGCAGAGCAACACACCCAACCCAGCUCCUGCCUCUGACCCUGGACAGGUGGCCCAGAAUGGGCAGCCGGACAGCAUCAUCCAGUGAGGGCAGGGAUGGAGCCAGCCUUCUGCCUUGAUUGGACGAAACCUCUGCGGUCUUGUAAGUGGGUUCUGUGAUUGACCUUAGGUCGGCCGCGUGGACAGCUCCCUCUUUGACAAGCAUUUAGGGGUCCACUGCUUCUGAGAAGGAGACUGGGAAGAGGAACUUGUUGGGCUCCCGAGACCAACUCUCUUCCUCCCACCACUCGAGUUGCCUUGCUAAGAUCCAGAAGAUUGGUUAGCUGGGGUCACAUGUUGGUGUGACGGGACAUGUGUUGUCAUGAGCCAGUGCUUGUGACAUGACCCAGACUCGGCCUAGGACGACUGUAAGGAACUACUGGCUCUCACUGGUGGCCAUCUCAUAGCCAGGAUCUGUGCUGAGCUGAGCCCCCAGGUGCCAUCUGUUUGAACUCACCAUUGAUCACUGAGACCCCUGCAUCUCCCCAGAUCGUUUCCCAAGUUUGCUGUUUUGCUGCCGGUGCCUUGGCCACUCGUGAGUGAUGGUUACAACUUGAGGCUCCAGAUCUCAGCUAGACAAGUGAAGAUGCUGCCCUUCGGGGCACGAAUGUUUAGACUUGCUCAGCUCUGCUAUUGCGAUCACAAGAAGAUGCCCUAAAGAUGGUUGGGAGGUGACUGCUGUACCUUCCACCUCUCUGCGGAGGCACAAGCACAGGGCCAGCUCCAGGGGCAUGGAGAGGGACCGGGCCCAGUGAGGGAGCUGGUGGUGGAAGGAAAGCCCUUCUCAGCCAGGCUGGAGAGCAGCAGGCCUGGAGCCUGAUGGCCCCAGCAGGGGAGCUGCAGGGACUUCCCAAGGAUUUGGGGCUUGGUUUGGUUUUUCUCUGGGGUUGGAAAUCUGAGCCAAUAUUGUAUCUGUUCCAUUUGGGUAUAAAGAGAAAGCCUGGAUCACUUCAACUGACUAGUUCUUUCCAGGUCAUAAUUUUAAAUUAAAGAAAUAAUCACUUUUUUA